CUCUAGCAGUUAGUUGUGGUUUCCGUCGCUGCUUCACCUAUCCUGGGGUCUCCCUCGGUGCAACUGCUUUUUGCCGGCGUCGCUCUUUGGGAUUCUCCGUUGCCGUCAGCAUGGCCCACAAGCAGAUCUACUACUCAGACAAGUAUUUUGAUGAGCACUACGAGUACCGGCAUGUUAUGUUACCUAGAGAACUUUCCAAACAAGUACCAAAAACCCAUCUGAUGUCUGAAGAGGAAUGGAGGAGACUGGGUGUUCAGCAGAGUCUUGGGUGGGUUCAUUAUAUGAUUCAUGAGCCAGAACCACAUAUUCUGCUUUUUAGAAGACCUCUUCCAAAAGAACAACAAAAAUGAAGUUUAUUUGGGUUCUUCACUUAAAUUUAUUUUCAAACUAUGUAUAUGUGUAUAUAUGGGUAGUAUUCAGUGAAUACUUGAAAAUGUACAAAUCAUUCAUCCAUACCUGUGCAUGAGCUGUAUUCUUCACAGCAACAGAGCUCAGUUAAAUGCCACUGCAAGUAGGCUGCUAUACAAUGUUUAAGAUACAAUUUUUCUCUCUAGUCAAUUUUAUCUUUAAUAUAAGUGCCUAUUUGACUUCUCCUUGAAUUACAUUUGUUUAAUAAAGUUCACAUGUUACAUGUAUAUCUGAGUACUUGGUAAUUGGGGUAGGUGUUUAUGUUCAAAUUUUCCAUUGUUAAUUUAUGAAUAAAAUGUAAAGUUCUUUCAGUUGUUUUAGAAACUAAUCCAAGGAAAAUAAAACUCUUUUAAAACAAAGCAGAAAAAGUUAAAUGAAUAUUAAACAGUAUGGUAUAUAAUAGAAAUAGCAUUAAUUUGAACAAUUAGGAACAUCUACUAAAACCAGAAGGUCCCUGCCACAUAGACCAGUUUUUCCCUAAAAGGCAAUGAAACAGAACCUCAGACUGAAUUGGUCUAGAAGAGCAAGAGUCAAAUGGCAAAGGUUCCCAGCUACUUAAGACAUAAAUCUCUAGCACAGGAAUAAGGGCCUCUCAGGUUUAGAAUUAAUAUAUCUAUGAUUUAAUGUGCUGCCAUACAUAUGGUCAGGAAGAUGGGGAUAUUAAGGGGAAGCCGCAACCAACUGAAUCCACAUCUGGCUAUUCUUUCCAUACUCUUGUUAACUAAGUAAAUGUAUGUUAAAUAU